AGGACCUGGAGUUGUUUCCUCGGCCUUCCCCGUUCGAAGUCCCUUGAGCGAGGCCAAAGGAGACCGCUGUCUCCCUAGGAUCGUUUUCCUCCGGCUCCGAAGCCUCUCGGCGCCCGGCUGUGGCCCUUGCCCUUUGACCCCGUGGCGGCGGGGUGAGAGGUCGGGUGGCCAUCUUGUGGCGGCGGCGCGGGUGGCUGUUACUGCGGAGACCUGUCCCCUCCCCCAGGCUGGUACCCCUAGCUGUCUGUCAGUCGGCGGAGAGCCCCGCAGCCUGUCAGGGGAGGCCCGGGCCGAGUGCGGUCGAUCUCCCCGUCUCACCGGGUGGCCCAGACCGCUCCUCCCCGUCGCCACCAUGUCCUCCUUCUCGGAGUCAGCGCUGGAAAAGAAGCUUUCAGAGCUGAGCAACUCUCAGCAGAGCGUGCAGACCCUGUCCCUGUGGCUCAUCCACCACCGCAAGCACGCAGGACCCAUCGUCUCCGUGUGGCACCGCGAGCUCCGCAAAGCCAAAUCAAAUAGAAAACUUACUUUUCUGUACUUAGCAAAUGAUGUCAUCCAAAACAGUAAAAGGAAAGGACCUGAGUUCACGAGAGAAUUUGAAUCUGUCCUUGUGGAUGCUUUUUCUCACGUUGCCAGAGAGGCAGAUGAAGGCUGUAAAAAACCUUUAGAAAGAUUGCUGAACAUCUGGCAAGAACGAAGUGUGUAUGGCGGCGAGUUCAUACAGCAGCUGAAGCUGUCUAUGGAGGACUCCAAGAGCCCUCCACCCAAAGCAACAGAAGAGAAGAAGUCUCUGAAACGAACUUUUCAGCAGAUACAAGAGGAGGAAGAUGAUGAUUACCCCGGAAGUUACUCUCCCCAAGAUCCUUCCGCAGGCCCCCUCUUGACUGAGGAGCUAAUCAAAGCAUUGCAGGAUCUGGAAAAUGCUGCAUCAGGGGAUGCUACUGUGCGACAGAAGAUUGCGUCCCUACCCCAGGAAGUGCAAGAUGUGUCUUUGCUGGAAAAAAUAACAGACAAAGAGGCAGCUGAACGUCUUUCAAAAACAGUAGAUGAAGCAUGUCUCUUACUAGCGGAAUAUAACGGGCGCCUGGCAGCGGAACUGGAAGACCGGCGCCAGCUGGCUCGGAUGCUGGUGGAGUAUACCCAAAACCAGAAAGAGGUUUUGUCAGAAAAAGAGAAAAAGCUAGAAGAGUAUAAACAGAAGCUUGCUCGAGUAACCCAGGUCCGCAAGGAACUCAAGUCCCACAUUCAGAGUUUGCCAGACCUCUCUCUGCUGCCCAACGUAACAGGGGGCUUGGCACCGCUGCCUUCUGCUGGUGAUCUCUUCUCAACUGACUAGGACAGGUGUAGUGCUCCAGGUUCCCAUGUGUGCCAGAGAAGAAGCAAGUCACUGUUGAAGAUACCUUCUGGCCCUGGCUCCAUCUCUUCAGCCAGCAUCCACUGCAGGAAUGAAGCAGGGAACUCUGACUUCUCAUUCUCCGGCUCCUCCUGAGUACCGUUCAGAACCGUGCAGAUGGACUCAUUUUGAUUCGUACUUGCUAAGAAUACUGACUCCCUCCCACUCAUGUUCUUAUGCCCAUUGCUUUUCCAUUCUUAGCUCUCUUACACCCAUAAGCCAUGAAAAUCAUGUGUAUUUCCAGAAGCUUUCAAGAGAAUCUUGCCCCAAGUGACAGCACAUGUCAUGGAAGUAGCCCCUUUCUGAGCUGGGUUUGGCCAGGUUCAGAACAGGCUCCCAGUGAGGGACUCAGGCUGCAGGCAUUGGCUCUCCUGGCUACCGUGUGCCCUCAAGGUUGGCAGCCCAGCCUUAGGCAGUUUGCCAAAUUGUUGACCUUCCUGACCAUUAUUUCUAGAGAGGUAUUGUCAGGGUUAGGUGGGUUUGUUUUUGAGCAAUCUAGAGAAUCUAGGAAUAAGAUCCAAAGCUGAUCUGGGAUAUGAAGUCACAGCACAGGUACAGAGUGACAGGGAUCACAAGUCAUUUGCCUGGUGUCUCCCCGUAGCCUUCCCAUGCUACACUUCUCAAGGGUCUCCAGUAUCAGAGCACCUCCCUAAAGAGGCCCCACUGCCCCUGGUGCUGUGAAGGUGGCUGUCGGGGUGGCAUGCCUGGACCGAUGAGUGCUCCACUGGUAGAGAGGGCUUGGGCUGUCGUGGAUGUUGCUCUCCCCCUUUGGGGACUGGAGUAUACGCUAACUCCAUCAUGUGGGCAUCCAUACACGGUAUGGUGGCUAGACUUGAGCAGCUCUGCAGAUAGGAGACUGAGCAUACCAGGCGGGUCGUGCCACCCUGCACCCACGAUCCCAUGCAAAGAGGAGUGUUCCUAGAGACAACUCACCCCAGCAGAGAGAGAACGCAGGGAGACUAAUUUGGGGUUUUAAUUCCAUUAUCAUGCCAGCUGACAUGACUGAAUGAUGUAGUUAGGAUUUUUAUCUUAGUCUAGUAAAGAUCGGGCUUGGACCUGAAAAAUCAUUCUCAUGUGGCAGGCUCAUUGUUGACAUUGGAAAGGGCGGAAACCAUUUGCUCUACUAGUGUAAUAGGAAUUAUAGCCCGAAGCUGAAAUCCAAAAGCCUUAAGAAGGAAUUCAGUGAAGGGGCCUGAGAAGCAUCAUUAUUUUGAAUUUCUGUUUUCAGGAUCACCAAAAAAAGCACACAUCCUUUUAUAUGUAAACCUGUGUGUCAAUCUGAGAAGCCGCCCCACCUGCUGUGAGGUUGGGACUCGGUUCCAGUUAGAGCCUGCCUGGUCUAGUUGGCGCUCUCUCACAGAGUGCACGCUGCCUUUUGCUUGUUUAUUCUGCCCGUUGUUCUGCCAUCAUUGUUUUCCCCAGAGGCUACAGGACAGCACUGACUUUAGUGAAAUCCCAAUCUCUGUUGUCAAACACCUCCCCACACGGAGUGCCACUUCAGAGUCACAUGGACACACCUUUUCUGAACACCUUCCUCAGUCGCUGCUUCCCUAGGGAAGAGGUGUUUGCUGGCCACAAACCAAACGCCUAUAGCAGCUCUGAUCACUAGGAGAAAAGAUGGAAACAUAAUGGAUUAGCUCACUGCUGUGUUUUAUCCUUUGGCAUCUCUGACCAGCAAUCAGUGCAUAAUUCUUACAGCAAGAUCAAGAAAUGAACCUGUAGCGAUUAUGUAAAUGAAUGUGUUGGCCUCUUAACACCUGUUACUAGCAGACUUCCUGUGAGGAAGUUAGUUUCGUUUUAAUGAAAUGCUUUGGUUUUUUAAUCUUUUUGUCGUCCCCCUCACUCCCACUCCCAGUCUCCCAACUGUGUGCUUACUUCCCUUGUUUAAUUUAAAUGAAACUUAUUGUCCCUGAGAGUUGAUCUGGCGGGUGGGAUGGGUGACUUCUGGUUUUGUGUUUAUUUAGGGCAUCCAUAGGCCUCAAGGAUCUUUCCUUUAGGGUCAUAGUCUUCAGAAAGUCUUCAGUCUUUGUUUUUGUUUUGUUUUUCUUAAAGGAUAUUUUUAAAGCUUAAAUUUGUAUAUUAAUUUAGGACUUUAUUUAGAAGUAUAGGCUGCCAUUGGUGGCAGCAGUAUAUUCUGAAAUGUCUCAUAGAUAUAUAUUUUUGAAUAAAGAUGAUGUUGUUGAACAA